AUGUCCACGCCCGACCCCAAGCGCCGGCGACUCGCCGAGCGCCCGCGCGCGGGCACGUGUGAGUUUGCCGACCGCAUCGCUCGAUGCGCCAUUCACGCCCACCAAAGCGCUCUAAGAUCCGCGAACGUCGAUAAGGCACUCGUUCCGCUGCGAACUGUCUUGGCUGCGUUCGUCCUUCACGACGAACUACGCGACGAAUUAACGUGCGUCGCGCUCGGCGUGGGCACGAAGACGUCCGGGAGGAUGCGUAACGAUGAUGGUAAGCGCCUGUGCGACUGUCACGCCGAGGUGAUGGCGAGAAGAGGGUUUAAGCGGUUCGUUCUCGAGGACGCGGCGCACGCGGCGGCGGGCGGGUUGGAUGGAAAGAUGUUUGAAGUGAACGAAGAAAAGACGGUGAAGCAAAGGAACGGAGUGAGUUUGCAUUUAUAUGUGAGCUCGGCGCCGUGUGGGAACGCGUGCGUGCGACGGUGGGCGAAGGGGAAGAGACCGCGGAGGAGGGAGGAAUUGGGGACGUCGAAGACGCCGAGCGAGUCGCACGAAAAGUUGUCAAGGAGUGCGGUUGAUUCGGGGCAGGUUGGAUUGUGCGUCAAAGUGAUAAAGACGAGUAAGGAUGAGGUCGUUGACGCGCAUUUGGCGCGGAUGAUCGAGAAAGGAGAACUCGCAGUGGGCACGGCGCCUGCGUGUGGGCUGAGCGAUGAAUCAUUGACGUGCAGCGAUAAACUGUGUGUGUGGAACAUCGUGGGAUAUCAAGGCGCGCUCGGUCGCGCGUACGUGCGAGAUCCCGUGUACGUGAAGUCGAUCACUGUGGGGAGAAAGUUCUCGGAACCGCACCUAGCGCGCGCGAUGUGUUGUCGAGCGCACGGAUUUCGUUCGGCGUGCGGCGUCUUUGAGACGACGCACCCGGCGCUCAUGGAGACGGCCGUCGUGUUUGAUAACGUUCCUAUGGAUGUGGACGAAGGCGCUGUUUUCGAGAACCCGUUCGCGCUCGUUUGGUACACCGGAAACGACGAUAUUUCGGAAGUUUUGAACGGCAAGACUGGGACAUUUCUAGACGAAGCGAACGACAGCACGCCGUCGACAUCCAGGGCGGCGCUCUUCAAACGGUUCAAGGAAUUGCGCGGCGACGCGAGCGGCGAACCGUUUUCGCCAAAAGAGUACGCGAAAAUGAAGCGCGAGGCGGAUCCGAGGUACAACGAGGCGAAGACGUCCCUCUUUAAACAUCCCAGGAUGUUUGAGCCGAGACGCGGAUGUGUCGGAUGGCACGAAAAGAGACACCUGCGUUGGAGCGGAUACAAACGGAUAGAAUCGAUAGAAUAG